GUAGCGAUCAUGACGGUCACGGGUGCGGGUCUGUCAGGUGGUGGUGGUAGUAGGAAUGACAUGCAAUAUCUACUUACCUACUUACCUAGGUACCUAGGUAGGUACAAAGAGUUGCUCGGUAAAACGAUGGCGCUUGAUGGGUCGGGUCGCCGGCAAGGGCAACCAGACUACUGGCGACAGGUAGAUUGGCCGCUGGGGCCAAAUCCAUGCAAGCAGACCUUGAAACUGCAGUUGGCAAUGUAUUGGCGGGGACAAAUGCUAAGGCGCGAGGGCUGCCAACGUCUUACUGGCUCCCACACCACGUCCGGACUCCGCCGUCGACAUCAAAAACCGCUCCACCACCCGACAUCCUUCAGGGGACAUGGACACUUGUUCAUAGCCGCCAACAUGCCACAGCUGAUUACGCUGGCAUUAGCCAUCGUCCAGGCCAUUGAUUUUGCCGACAAGCUGCUGUCAAAGGAACAUGCCAUCCAUCGCAGCACUAAAGGCGCCAGCCCUGGGAGUUUUGCCAUCUUAAACAAUAUCUCCAACAACCUCUACAGACUUAAUGCCAGGAUUGUCCAUGGUCUCUCCAACCGAUCAAGCCCGGACAGGAAGUCUACAAAGGUCAACGAAGCUACUCUCUUCAAGCUUGCUCAGCAGACAAAAGACUUUACCACUACACUUACCGAUGUUGUGCUGCAGGCGCAAGCAAAACUCAACUAUGAAGAGCCAAAUUACCCAACCCCUAGAGAUGCGCUUGGCACGGUUAUGAAAGAGAAGGAGAUGACCUUUAUGAAGAAAAGUCUUGGGACCAUUAGAACCGAGGUAGAUGCAACGUUGCUGCUCAUUCUACGGCAGUCAUUGGAUCAGUCAAAUGAGAAAGGUUUGGCUUCGUUUGAUAUGGACGACCAUCGCACGCAGCACUGGGGGCAAUGGCAGAACAAGGCCAUUAACUCAAUUAAUACCAAUGGAUGGACACCGAAGAACAAGCAACACGUGGAAGAGUUUUCCAAGAUUGUAAACUCUUUCAUCGCCGCAGAAAACGAAGCCCAUUUUCGAAAUGAGAUAUUUGCGAACCUCCACUUUGCUGAACAGGAUGACCGAUUGCACAGUAUCAACGCGCCCUACGACAAUACUCUCCAGUGGAUACUUGAACCGAAUUAUCAGAAGGAUACCAAAAUGCUGGAAUGGUUGGGAGCAACCAACGGACAGAACCUAUUUUGGCUGACUGGAAAGCCAGGAUCGGGCAAAAGUACACUAAUGAAAUACCUAUUUCGCAAUGAACAUUUGUUCCCAAAGCUGGAAGAUUGGUCUGGUCAUACACCUGGAAUCCUGGCGGGCUUUUUUAUUUGGAACUGCGGAACCACGCUUCAGAGCACAACGACAGGUUUAUUACGAGCACUCCUAUACGAGACCCUGCAGGAUAUCAUUUAUGGACCUUUGGAGCAAGACCCCGACAUUGUGCAGAAUCUGUUCGAGGAUCGUUGGCAACAAUUCAAAUCCUAUGGAGCAGGCUUGCAUCCUUUCUCGCUCCCUGAACUCCGGAAAUCCUUUGACAGCUUGAUCUCUGAUACAUCCAAGAAAUUCUUCUUCAUGAUCGAUGGCCUAGACGAGCUCGAGGAAAAUCCCAGCAAUGCUUUGGAUCUAGUCUUAAGCGCAUCGUACCGGGAGAAUGUAAAGAUAUGUGUGUCCAGUCGUUCAACGCCAGUGCUCGAGCGAGCUUUUCAAGAUAUAGCCAGACUGGAAGUCGAUAGAUGGACUAGAUCAGGCAUUUUGUCAUAUGUCUUGUAUGCGUUCGACCAGAAUGAUGUAAUGUUUGGGAUACCCGAUGAAGAAUCUGAUGGGACGCGAGAACGCGCGAUCAUCAACACACUGGUGGAUAAGGCUGGAGGCACUUAUCUGUGGGCUUCUUUGGGAACCGAGCUACUCAUACAAACCACAAAAGCAACGGACGAUGUUCAGACCAUAAGCGACCGAGUCGCCGCUUUACCGCCCACUCUUGAUGCUCUCCUUCCGUACAUCAUCAAUAGCAUGGAUGCCAGAGCCCUUGAACAAGCAUCUCGCCUUUUUCGGUUGGUCGAUACGCAUGGAUAUCCUUCACUGCUACCUCUCUGCUUCGCCACGGACCAAGACACAAAAUCCGGCUUGAACAGCGAACCCCAACCGCUGACUAUGUCCGAGAUACUCAGUCGUACAUCGGUGAUGCGCACUCAGUUGAAAUCAACGUGCAAAACGCUGCUCAGUAUCUUCGAAGCUCAAGCCCCCGAAGGUAGCUUGAUUGCCGAUGCAACUGCUUCAGACCUUGUACACUUCCGAGUCAACUAUACACAUAGAUGUAUCAAAGACUUUGUACAAUCCGAGGCUCCGAAACAAAAGAUAUACGCCGCCACCGGCCAUGAUGCGUUUAAUACGGACGAACACUGGGCCAAUGCACAUCUAUGGAGCUUGAAGACAGUAUUGACUAAAGGUGGUAAGAUCAAGAUAUGGGAGGCUUUGGCUGACUGCAUCGAAUUUGCGCUUCGCCUUGAAGCAUCUACGAAACGCGUCCGAUUGUCAUACUUGGACGAGGUCUCAGCUACCCUUGAUCAUUAUCUUUUCAGCAACCCCAUUUCCUCACUCGAUCUUCCUUGCACCCACAAUGUCACCAUCUCUUCGUUCUUCGAUAUCGCAGUAUGGCUCAAUCUUUCCGGCUAUAUACGAAUCAAGGUGAAGACAGCAGACCGGAAGAUGAUACGGCACGGAUCGGAGUUCAAUAAAGAUAUGCGAAAGAUGCUCGGGACUGGCGGCGAGGAGAAGUGGAUCAGAGGAAGAGGGAAGUUAAGAGAGGUCUAUGGUAGGCCAGAUCCGGAACUAAAUGCAUUGUUGAAGGAGUUUAGGAAGACGAUGCGUAUCACGAGUCCCAAGAUCACCGCGGACAUGCCUGAAUGGGUGUAA